AUGGAUACAAUAUUCAUCCACCUUCUCCUCUCGUUUAUGCUACUUUGUCCCAUAGCCAUCGCCGCCGACGUGUCGGACACGCUCGGCAAGGGCCGGAACAUCACCGACGGCGAGACGCUCGUCUCAGCCGACGGGACAUUCACCUUGGGAUUCUUCUCUCCCGGGGCGUCAACCAAGAGAUACCUCGGCAUCUGGUUCUCGGCGUCCAGUGUCGCCGUCUGCUGGGUGGCAAACGGUGACCGCCAUGUGAACGGCAACUCCGGCGUGCUGGUCGUCAGAGACAUGGGAAGCCUUGUGCUGCUAGACGGCUCUGGCCACGUCACAUGGUCAUCGAACUCCACCAGCUCCUCGUCAUCGGCGGAGGCGCAGCUCCUCAACUCCGGCAACCUCGUCGUCCGCGACGGAGGCAGCAGCAGCAGCGCCAUCCUGUGGCAGUCGUUCGAUCACCCGUCGAACACCAUGCUGUCCGGCAUGAAGCUGGGCAAGAACAAGUGGACCGGCGCCGAGUGGUACCUCACGUCGUGGCGCUCAGCCGACGACCCGUCGCCGGGGGCCUACCGCCGCUCGCUGGACACCAGCGGGCUGCCCGAGCUUGUCGUGUGGCAGGGCAACGUCAGGACCUACCGCACUGGCCCAUGGAACGGCCGGUGGUUCAGCGGCGUCCCGGAGGCGUCGGCGUACAAGAAUUUGAUCUGGUACCAGGUGACGACAAGCCCGGCGGAGAUAUCCUACGGCUACACCUCCAACCCCGGCGCCGCAUUGACACGUGUCGUGCUGACCGACACCGGCAUGGCCAAGCGCCUGGUGUGGGACUCGGGCGCCCGGACGUGGCAGACCUUCUUCCAGGGACCGAGGGACCUCUGCGACGCCUACGGCAAGUGCGGGGCGUUCGGGCUGUGCGACGCCGGCGCGGCGUCGACGUCGUUCUGCAGCUGCCUCACGGGGUUCAGGCCCGCGUCGCCGCCGGCGUGGUCCUUGAGGGAUACCUCAGGCGGAUGCAAGCGGAAUGUGAAGCUGGACUGUGCCAAUAAUGGCAGUGGCACCACGACGACGACGACGGACGGUUUUCUGUUGGUCCACGGAGUGAAGCUUCCCGACACACGCAACGCGAUGGUGGACAUGAGCAUCACGGUGGAGGACUGCAUGGCGAGGUGCCUCGCCAACUGCUCAUGCUUGGCCUACGCCGCCGCAGAUAUCCGCGGUGGCGACGUCCGCAGCGGCUGCGUGAUGUGGACGGAUGACAUCAUCGACCUUCGGUACGUGGACAAAGGGCAAGAUCUGUACCUGAGGCUGGCCCAGUCUGAGCUGCCGGUGGCGCCCUCGCCGCGGCGGCGGCCAUUCCCUACUGCACCAGUUGUCGGUGCCUCCGCAGCCGCCGUCGCUGCCGUGGUUCUUAUUGUUUUGUUGGUCGUACCUGUGAGGAGGCGCCGGCAACCUAUAAUCCCAGCUGUUCAGAGUGCCUCCUCGGGUGUACCUUCUACUGAACUACGCAGACCUCCGUUGGUCCCUUCUGUUGGACAACGUAGUCCUGUUCUCAACGUGCCUUCUGUUGAACUGUCUACUUUGAGGAGGACUACAAAUGAUUUCUCUGUAGACAAUGCCAUUGGCCGUGGAGGAUUCAGCACCGUAUUUGAGGGGAAUUUAACUGAUGGUAGAAAGGUUGCUGUAAAGAGGAUCACACAAUCUUAUCUUACCGAUGAAGGUGGUGAAAUUUUCAUGAGAGAAGUGCAACUGAUGUCAGAGCUCAAGCAUGACAAUCUUGCUCAGCUCCUUGCUUAUUGCAAGGAUGGAAAUGAGCGGAUACUAGUCUACGAGUACAUGGAGAACAGGAGCUUGAACCUUUACAUAUUCGCGAGAGAUCCCAGCCACCGUGCCCGUGCUUUGUUGAAUUGGGAGCGGAGGCUGGAGAUAAUUGUAGGGGUUGCCAAAGGCGUUGCUUAUCUGCAUGGACAGGAAGUGAUACACAGGGAUCUGAAACCAUCAAAUAUCCUCUUGGAUGAAAAUUGGAGAGCUAAGAUUGCAGAUUUUGGCACUGCAAAAGUUUACGUCGAUGGCCAGACGAAUCCGACACUAGUACAGACAGAGGGGUAUAGGGCUCCAGAGUACACAGCGCAAGGGCCGCAGCUGACGCUGAAGUGCGACGUGUAUAGCUUCGGAGUCGUCCUGAUUGAGAUCAUCAGUGGCAAAAGGAACAGCAGCACCCCAAAGCUCCUUUGUCAUGCCCAGGAAUCUUGGAACCAGCAUAAAAUCAAGGAGGACCUUCUGGAUUCAGCUGUGGGCCAACCGGAGCCGGAGAUUCUCCUUCAGCUGGAGAGAUGCGUGCAGGUCGGCCUUCUCUGCGUGCAGCAGUCGCCCGCCGACAGGCCAUCCAUGGCUGAAGUAGUCGCGAUGCUGACGACGAACGGCAGCAGCAGCUCGUCGCAGGCCCGUCGUCCGGACAGCAGUGCCGCCGCGUCUCCUCUCGCGACGCAGGACGCGUCUGGCGCACACGGCGACUCCAUCUAUCUCACGUAG